AUGCUAAUGGCUUCAAGAAACUUGAGUGUGGAGAUAACCUUUGCCCUCUUGGGUUUCACAGAUUACCCAGAGCUUCAGAUUCCCCUCUUCCUCGUGUUUCUGAUCAUGUACAUUAUCACCCUGGUAGGAAAUCUUGGGAUGAUAGUAAUCAUCAAAAUUAACCCCAAGUUUCACACCCCCAUGUACUUUUUCCUUAGUCACCUUUCUUUUGUUGAUUUUUGUUACUCUUCCAUUGUUACUCCCAAGCUCCUGGAGAACUUGGUCAUGGCUGAUAAAAGCAUCUUCUACUCUAGCUGCAUGUUGCAGUACUUCCUGUCCUGCACUGCUGUGGUGACAGAGUCUUUCUUGUUGGCAGUGAUGGCCUAUGACCGCUUUGUGGCCAUAUGCAAUCCCCUGCUUUAUACAGUGGUCAUGUCACAGAGGCUCUGUGCCCUGAUGGUUGCUGGGUCAUAUUUCUGGGGUAUGUUUGGCCCCUUGGUACUCCUUUGCUAUGCUCUCCAAUUGAACUUUUCUGGGCAUCACAUAAUCAACCACUUUUUCUGUGAAUACACGGCUCUCAUUGCUGUCUCAAGCUCCAACAUAUGCAUUCCACACCUGCUACUUUUCGGCUUUGCCACCUUCAAUGAGGUGAGUACACUGCUUAUAAUCCUCACUUCCUAUGUCUUCAUUUUUGUUACGGUCCUAAACAUCCAUUCUGUCAGUGGUCGCCGCAAGGCCUUCUCCACCUGCGCCUCCCACCUGACCGCUAUCACCAUCUUCCACGGGACCAUCCUUUCCCUGUACUGUGUGCCCAACUCCCAGAACUCUCGACAGACUGUCAAAGUGGCCUCUGUAUUUUACACAGUGGUCAACCCCAUGCUGAACCCUCUGAUCUACAGCCUGAGGAAUAAAGAUGUGAAGGAUGCCUUCCAGAAAUUAAUAGACACAAAAGUCUCAUUUCACUGA